UUUUGAUCUAUAUGAAAUACACUUUUUUUUUUAAAGUGUAUUCAUUUAUUUUAUAAUUCAGUUAUCUUUUGUAUAGAGACCUAUUGUUAUAUGAAAGAUGGAAAUGUUAGUGAUAGAUAUGAAUUAGAUUUUUUAAUUUGAAUAUUUCGUAUAGUUUGAAUUAGCCACCUUUGUUUUUAUGAUAGUGAGGUAAAGAAAUAUGGAAUUUCUGUUCAGAGUAUAUACCAAUGAAUAGUGUACACAGAAAAAUGAAAACAAAACAUUAACACACUUAUAUCAUUACUUGAACAAAGAUAUUCUAUUUUCUUAAAUUAUAUCUGAGUAAAUAAAAUAAAAAAAGAGUCAGCGAAAAAAUGAAUUCUGAUCCAUUGAAAUCAUCGGAUAAGAAGGCAAUUGUUUAUCAUACAGAUAUGAAUGAACAGAUGCAAGAGAAAAUUAUAACUAUCUGCUUAAAAUUUUGGCAAUUAAGUCAAAGAAGUUUGGAUACUACAUCUUAUAUUAAGCGUACAUUGGAUAAGAAGUAUGGACCAGCAUGGCAUUGUAUUAUCGGUGAUGAAUACAACAGCUGCGUUACACAUGAUUCACAGUACUUUAUCGAUUUCAAGUAUGAAAAGAAAUCAUUCAUGGUUUACAGAACAGUUCUGUGA